UGCGCAGUUCUUUCUCCAGCAUCAACGCGGCGUUUUAUUUGUAAAUACAUUUUCUGUAGUUGAAACGAAAAUCCUCGUUCCUUGCAACAAAUAUUUUCAGACAAAAACAGGCAUCGGAUUGGCUGUUCUGAUCAAAUUCUGUCUACCUUGAAUUUCUAGCAAAUUCGAAAUAGUCACCGCAGUGCAUUACUUGACGUUAGCAAUCAGGUUAUGUUACGUCUUGACAACGUGUUGAGUGACGUUUAGAAGAAAAAGCUCGUCAGUGGUAUUUGAAAAUCAUCUUCGAUGGACACCAGUAGCAAAGCUGAAUCCGCACCGAAGCAGGCAAUGGUUUACAUCUGCGGAGAAUGUCAUCAUGACAACGAAAUUCGUCCAAGAGAUCCGAUCCGCUGCAGGGAAUGCGGUUAUAGAAUAAUGUACAAAAAACGUACAAAGCGGCUUGUAGUUUUUGAUGCUCGUUGAAGUCACCGAAGGAGCCAAAGAGAUUGCCGAUGAACUUUUGGGACGUUAUUGGAAUUUACCACAUUAUUAACCUCUAUUGUAACAUGCCAAGGCUCAUUAUUCAAUAGCAAGCAAUAAAUGUGAAGUAUAAAAUAA